CUCAGAACCAGCCGAGGCUCUAGAAAAAACAAAAAUGUCGAGCCUUCCACUGGAUUUGAGUACCCGAAUCCUCUGCCUGUUAUCCGUGAAGGACGUUCUUCGCUUCCGGUGCGUUUCAAAGCCAUGGUGCUCCCUAAUUGACUCUCCAGGUGUCCGCAAACUCCUUCUCUCCUCCCCCAAUCUUUUUGCUAUCUUCCAAGAUAAAAAGAGCAACUUGAGCAAGCUCCUGCACUUGGAAGUCUCAUCAAUUCUUCCCCCUCCUGAAAUCAUACCUGUGCAACCUCACCACAAUACAGAUUGUAUUGUGGGUUCCUGCGACGGGUUGGUUGCUUUGCGCAAUAAAGAGAAUAUCAUUACUCUGUGGAAUACUUUCACCAGAGAAUCAAGGAAAUUGCCCCAAAGUAAUAUGAAGUCAUUAGAGUGUGAUUCUGUGUCAAUUGCUUAUGGAUUUGGUUACGACCCUACCACGGAGGAUUACAAAGUGCUCAAGAGUGCUCACUUCAACUACUACGAAGACUUACAUCAUCCCUCUUUUUCCUCGAAAGCUGAGAUUUAUAGUCUGAAGACUAAUUCUUGGAAGGAAAUCGAUGGCUGUCAUUUUCGUUGUGGUUGGUCAGGGAAUGAUCCUGGAAUUCUUGCUGAGAAUGCACUGCAUUGGCUAAUUCAAACCUAUGACACAGAACCGGUAUCUAUUCCCAUGCAUCGAGAGAUUGUUGGUUUUGACUUGGUAGGUGAAGUAUUUUAUAGUGUACCAAUUCCAGACUGCUUCUACAGAGCAUUUAGUAUGACUGUGGCAGCCCUAGACGGUCGUCUUUGUAUAGCUGCUAGUUAUAAGAACGGUUGUGUUGAUGUGUGGAUUACGGAUGAAGUGGCUGAGCUUGAUGACGGACAAGGGGUUUUGGUAGAUACAGAUGUGAAUAUUGCUUUUUGGUAUGACUUGGAAAGUGAAGUUGCUGAUCUUGAUGAUAGACAACGCGUUUUGGAAAAAUUCCUAGAAGGAACAAGAGGCAAGAAGUGAGGAUACUUGAAGAUUAGGUAAAUAAUGCUCUUGCUAAAGUUUGUUUCUUUGCAUGUAAAUACUUGUUUUGAUAUGAUAUUUCUUGUAAUUCUAUGUUUUCCGCUUUGAUUGCAUGCUAAGAAAAUGCAUGUGUUGACAUCUAUUUUGGUUAUAAAGGAUUUCGAGGUAAAAAUUUGCUGCAUUGGGUGCCCAAUAAUUGCAUAAAAUGUAUGCCUCGUAUUAAAGUUUCUGCUUUUGAUCUAGUAAAGAAGAAUAUCAUCUUGUGAUGCUUUUGAAAUGUUCCUAAUGAUUUCUGUAUGAAUUUGAGCUUUGGGAGGCAUACCUUUUUUUUCUCCACUAGUGAUAAUGAAAUUAGUAUUCAUUU